AUGCUGCCAUGGCAUCUCAUUCUAUGUGUACAAAUCACAUCCCGAACUAUGGCCUUUCUAAAAGGCUCAUGUCAGGAGGGUGACAACAUCAACCAAUACUAUCACCGCACCAUCGGCGGGGUGCAGGUCAUUGAUACCCCCCUCCUCGCUUUAGAUCAUAGUACGCAUUGGGCUUACAGGCUCAUAAUACGGUCUUGGCUGUUUGGUGCGCUUGUUAUUGACAAAAAUGCCACUCUGCGCGAAUCGGUUGACCUUGAGGUCCACGCCGUAGCCGCAAUGAUGCAUGACAUUGGCUGGGACCCCCAACCCAACUCGCCUUUUGUCAACAGCGACAAACGCGCUCGUUGGGACGAUCGCCGUGUUCAUCUCGUUUGGGAUGCAAUUGCCCUCCACGCCACACCCAGCAUCCAGGCUUAUAAAGAACUUGGAGUGGCCGUUACUGCAACUGGGAUGAGUGCUGACGCCACCGGGCCAAUUCUCGGAAUUACGAGAGAUCAUUAUGAUACCGUUGUGAAUGAGUUUCCUAACUUCGACUUGGUAGACGGUGCCAACAAGACCAUGAUUUGGCUCUGCCAGACAAAGCCUCGGACAACGAUUGAUAUCUGGGUCCAGCCGUGGGGUGAAUACAUCGUGCCUAAUUACACUACAAAAGGGUUUAGAACUAUCGAUCAAGCCCUAGGAUGCAAUGUCCCCAAUAGGCUAGCCAUGCCUGUUUUCUAA